AUGGCGGAUCUUGGACCGAGUAACUCAUUUAUGAGCGUUCAGGGCGAUUGCGCCACCCAGUCAGCGUUCCACGAGCUGGGCCUCAAGUAUGGCUUCGCGUCGGACAUCUCUGACGCGGCGCUGCCGCAGAAGCUGGAGGAGCUGUGCGAGUACAUCAAGCGCGAGAUCCGUAAGGAGCUCAAGAUUAAGGAGGGCGCCGAGAAGCUGUGCACGGCCACCAGCGACAAGAAGAGCCUGCAGAACGUCUCCAGCAUCGUCAAGAAGGCCAACAACAAGCUGCAGGAGCUGCGGGCGGAGCUGCACGAGCUGGACUCGCAGAUUCUGCUGACGCAGGGCCGGGCCGGCCACGAGGGCUCGGCGCCGCAGCCCUGCGUGCCAGAGGCGCCCACGUCGCCGCUGGGGGACAGCCAGCUGGAGGAGCAGCCGCUGACCACCACCGACGAGCGCCUGCGCAGCCUCGGCCGCCAGCUCAACAUCGAGAUGAAGGUGAAGCAGGGUGCCGAGAACCUCAUCAGCAUGUACUCGGCCGGCGAUGCUGGAGGAUGCUAA